AUGGGUGUGAAUUCAUUAUGGGAUAUUCUCGGACCUACGGCUAGGACGGUUCGAUUAGAGGCAUUAACCAGACGUAAAUUGGCCGUAGAUGCCUCCAUUUGGAUUUACCAAUUCUUAAAAGCUGUAAGAGAUAGUGAAGGGAAUACCUUACAUCAAUCUCAUAUAGUAGGAUUCUUUAGAAGAAUAUGUAAAUUGCUAUAUUUUGGUAUUCUACCGAUUUUCGUAUUUGAUGGUGGAGCCCCAGCUUUGAAGAGAGAAACUAUUCAAAAGAGAAGAGAAAGGAGAGAAGGCAAACGAGAGAGUGCUAUUGAGACUGCCCAUAGAUUAUUAGCAAUCCAUGUGCAAAGACAGUCGAAGAAACGAACUAUCACUAACGAUGACGAGGUAACGUAUUUGGACGACUUAUCAAUGACACAUCCUCAACAUGUGGCCGCAGCUCCUCGGGCAAAGAGAUUUAUAGCCAAAGAUGAGUAUCAUUUACCCGACUUGAAGAAGAUCAAAGUAAGAGACACAGAUGAAAGAUUAAUGCCUGAAGAAGAGUUCAAUGAACUAGCAGGUGAAUCAUUUGAUGUGGUAGACGGAAUAAAUAUCAACGAAGUGGACCCAAAGUCCGAAGAAUUCUCCAAACUUCCAAUGCCUACUCAGUAUAUGAUUUUAUCCCAUCUUAGACUUAAGUCGAGGUUAAGAUUGGGUUAUACUAAAGAACAGCUUCAACAAAUAUUUGAUGAUUCCAUGGAUUUCUCGAAGUUUCAAAUCCAGCAAGUCCAAAGAAGGAACUUCUUCACUCAAAGAUUAAUGGAUGUCAGUGGAAUGGGAGAUGAUGGUAAUGCCACACGUAGAAUAGCCGGUGAGAAGGAUAGGAAGUAUACAUUGAUGAGAACUAAUGAUGGAUGGGCAUUAUCUUUGGGUGAAGGCAGUGAAAACCGACCUAUUGAAAUCGAGGAUCAAAAGGAUGGACUCUAUGAUAAUGUUGAAUUAAGUACACAAAUAAAGGAUACACGAACACCACCGAAAAAGUCAACUCUAAAGGUCUUUGCAAAGCCGGUGAAGAAACAAACUCAGAAACAGGAUUUGAAGAAGUAUGCAAGUCAACCAGUCGCUCCACAGCAACCAAUGAAACUAGAAGAAUUGUCAGAUUCAGACGAUGAUUUUGAAGAUAUUCCUUUAGUUGAUGAGGCUCCUCAUUCUGAAGUAAAGGUAGAAAUGGAAGAAGAUCCUGAACAACAGGAGGUAGAAAAGGCUCUUGUAGCUUCUAUUUAUGACCAAUACAAAGACGAGCAACCACAAGAUGAAGGGUUUUCACAGGGUGACCUUCAGAAAGCCAUUGAAGAGUCGAAGAAGGAUCUUUUCAAGAUGGAAGAUCAAAUAAAGGAAAGUGAUAUGCAAGAACUGACAACUGAUCUUGAUUUCACACUGUCUGUGUUAUUUGGUCCUCCGGUUUCCGAAGCAUCAGCUCCUGCUUCCUCGAACACGGUUGAGGUCCGUGAUUUACCUAGCAAGGUUACUGAGUCAACAAGUAUUCUAGGGAAAAAAGAAUACAACUCGCCAGUGAAGAUACCAAAAGAAUUUCAUCCAGUCAUCCCACAGGUAACCACUGUCACAAUAGAUGAGUUACCUGACGAUAAAUCUAAAGAAACAGAUAUCAAAGAAAUUGAAGCAAUCAUUGAUAGUGAGGAUGAAAAGGCGGAAAAGAAACGCAAGAAUAAGAUGCCUGACUGGUUUAAUGAUAAGCUUGACCAACAAGCUUAUAGCUACAAAGUUGCAGACCUUCCAUCCAGGGAAGAAAUAGCUCAAGAAGAUGAAGAAGCUGGUUUGAUAUCGUGGAACGAUGCUAAACAUAUGUUGGAUCAACAAGAGGAGGUUGAAGAUGAUUCUGAGGAAGUUGAAAUCACCAAAGUUACAUUUCCUAAGAAUGAGAAUGAAGUUGUGGAUUUAGUGGAGGAUACUGACACUACUAAGGCGGAAGCAGAUAAGAAACUGGAGCUAGAGCGUGAACCGGAUAAUUCAGGGGCCAUAGAGGCAACGGAACCAAAGCUGUCUAUUCAUAGAAGCACAGAAGAAGAAUCCAUAACAGAAAACCUCAUCCCUGAGGAAGCUUCUUUACUGAACAAAAAUAAAACUCAUAAGCCCAAGCAGGAUUUCUUAGACUAUGAGUUCAUCGAAGAUGAUGAUAAAGCUAUUAACCAACAAUUAGCUUCAGAGUAUCAAGAUCAUGAAGAUUUGAAGAAUCAAAUCAAAAUCUCUCUGGAGAUUCCCCUCAACUCCAAUACAUCUGUUACGGAUGAACAGCUUCUCCAAGAAAGGUUACAAAAGCAAAAGAGAGAUGCCGAAGAAGUUACCGAAACCAUGAUCAAUGAUGUCCAGGAGCUUUUAAGAAGAUUUGGAAUCCCUUUCAUCACCGCUCCCAUGGAAGCUGAAGCUCAAUGUGCUGAAUUAUUGAAACUUGGGUUGGUAGAUGGAAUCAUCACCGACGAUAGUGAUUGUUUCUUAUUCGGAGGUGACAGAAUCUACAAGAACAUGUUCAAUCAAAAGCAGUAUGUUGAAUGUUACAUGAACAGUGAAUUACAAAGAAAUCUUGGUUUGGACCAACACAAAUUGAUCGAACUAGGUUUAUUACUAGGCAGUGAUUAUACCGAAGGGAUCAAAGGAAUAGGGCCAGUUCUUGCUAUGGAGAUUUUAGCCGAAUUUGGUAAUCUAGUAAACUUCAAGAAAUGGUUUGAUAAUGCAGCUGUAGGUCAGAUUGAUUCCUCCACCACUUUAAAGAAGAACUUAGCCACCAGGGUCAAAACUGGAAAGCUUUUCCUCCCACCGCUGUUCCCAGAUCCUAUAAUAUUUGAUGCUUAUACUACUCCAGAAGUGGAUUCCAGUAAAGAUCCUAUAAAAUGGGGUAUACCCGAUCUAGACCAAAUCAGAUCAUUCCUCAUGUAUAAUGUGGGGUGGUCUCAAGCCCGAGUGGAUGAAGUUAUGGUUCCUUUGAUCAGAGAUAUGAACAAAAAGGCACGUGAAGGUACUCAAUCUACCAUCAAUGAGUUCUUCCCUGUGGGCCAUACCCAACUCCGUAAGGAUUUAAAGAUUGGGAAGAGGCUCAAGGCAGCUGCGAAUAAAAUGAAUAAACAGUGA